UCAACCACAUCUUUACUUGUCCUUUUUUAUAAUUUUUUUUGUACGUUUUCCUUUCAAUUCCCUCAUGGCUCUGAAACAUCCACUGCCUUGCAAAUCCUCCAUGGCUGCACUCAUUCUCCUACUUGUUGGGUUGCUACACAUAACAGGGGUAGAGUCCAUUGGAGUUUGUUAUGGUAAAAACGGCAACAAUUUACCAUCGGAAACCGAUACCAUAAACCUCAUGAAGAGGAGUGGCAUCCGAGGUCUGCGAGUCUACGCCGCCGACCCCGCAGUCUUCAACGCUGCCAGGGGAAGCAACCUCGCCGUCAUCGUCGACGUUUCCAACCCUAGGCUCCAAGAGCUAACCGACCCCGCCCGAGCCAGAGCUUGGGUCCAAACCAACAUAGUACCCUUCGCCAACGCCGUCAACUUCAAAUACAUCGCCGUCGGGAACGAGGUGUUCGCCGGAAACCCCGAAACGGCUCGGUACGUCAACUUCGUCAUGCCCGCCUUGCGAAACGUGCACAACGCGCUAGCGGCGGCUGGGUUGCAGGGCAAGAUCAAGGCCACCACCGCCACCUACUCCGCCGUCCUGACCAACACCUACCCGCCCAAUCAAGGCGUUUUCCGGGACGACGCCAAGGGGUUAAUGAACCCCGUCGUCCAAUUCCUCGCCCAAAACAAUCUCCCUUUGCUAGCCAAUAUUUACCCUUAUUUCAGUUACCGAGGAAACCCCUCUCAGAUCCCGCUUUCCUACGCUCUUUUCACCGACCCCAACCCCAACGCCGUCGGCUACCGCAACCUCUUCGACGCGCUCCUCGACUCCAUGUACGCCGCCGUUAAGAAAGCCGGCGGUCCUAACGUCCCCAUUGUUGUUUCGGAAACCGGCUGGCCCUCCGCCGGCGGCUUCGCGGCGACGACGCAGAAUGCUGCCACGUACUAUAGGAAUCUCAUCGCACAUGUUAAAGGAAACGCUGGGACUCCGAUGAAGCCCGGAAGGUCAAUUGAGACUUACCUUUUCGCCAUGUACGAUGAAAACCUGAAAGGUGGUGAUGCAGUGGAGAAGCAUUUUGGAGUGUUCCGUCCCGAUAAAAGUUCAAAGUAUCAGCUUAAAUUUAACUAAUUAAGGAAUGAGCUGAUUAGCAGUAUUGCAAUAAUAAUAAUAAUGAUAACAAAUAAUGUAUGGGACAAAAAUAAAUUACAAAAGUGUAUGAAUCAUUGGAUCCCUUUACAGAGCAUAAGAAGGGGCAAUAAAAUUGUAAAUGCUUUAUGCAUGGAUCCAACAUACUCUAAUAUGUUUGAGCAUUUGAGCAAUAAAGUUUCUUGUUUAUAUAUUAUAUUUGGU